UGGAGGAGAGCCUCCAAACAUUUCAGCUCAUCCUCGACGUUAAAGCCCCUCUGUUUUUGUACGGAGCGUCUCGUUACACGCGUUUAGAUACACUAAAUAAAUUUACUUGCGGACUUUGCAGAAAAGCCAGUGUAGUGGAGGAAAACGGCCUCAUCCUGACCGAGGAGCCGCCAGCCUUUCGGAAAUAAGCAAGGAGUUACUACACUCCCCGAGCGCAAGGCUUGCAUCGUGGCUCUUUCAGAAGUGGCAUGUUCCAGGGAUACAGCGGGCACAGUUGAACUCCUGCUUUCACCCAAAGAGGAUUCAAUGAAAAUGUCCGUGUGCGUCCAUGAGAACCGAAAAUCGAGAGCCAGCACUGGCUCUAUGAACAUCUACCUGUUCCACAAGUCCUCCUAUGCCGACAGUGUCCUCAUGCACCUCAACUCACUGCGGCAGCAAAGGCUUUUCACAGACGUCCUGCUUCAUGCUGGCAGCCGCUCCUUCCCCUGCCAUCGUGCUGUGCUGGCUGCCUGCAGCCGCUACUUCGAGGCCAUGUUCAGUGGUGGGCUGAGGGAGAGCCAGGCCAGCGAGGUCGACUUCCAUGACUCCAUCCACCCGGAGGUUUUAGAGCUCCUGCUGGAUUACGCAUACUCAUCGCGCGUGGUCAUCAACGAGGAGAACGCAGAGUCACUGUUGGAAGCGGGGGACAUGUUGGAGUUUCAGGACAUCCGCGAUGCCUGUGCUGAAUUCCUGGAGAGAAACCUUCACCCGUCUAACUGUCUUGGCAUGUUGUUGCUGUCUGACGCCCACCAGUGUACCAAGCUGUCAGAGCUCUCCUGGGGCAUGUGCCUCAGCAACUUCCCUGCUAUUUGCAAGACAGAGGACUUCCUCCAACUGCCCAAAGAUAUGGUGGUGCAGCUUUUGUCACACGAGGAGCUAGAGACAGAAGAUGAGAGACUGGUUUAUGAAGCUGCCCUUAACUGGAUCAACUAUGAUCUGGAAAGGAGGCACUGCCACCUUCCAGAGCUUCUGAGAACGGUCCGCCUCGCCCUGCUGCCUGCCAUCUUUCUGAUGGAGAAUGUCUCCACAGAAGAGCUGAUCAAUGCCCAGGCCAAGAGCAAGGAACUGGUGGAUGAAGCUAUCCGCUGUAAGCUGAAAAUCCUGCAGAAUGAUGGCGUUGUUAACAGCCCGUGUGCUAGACCAAGAAAAACCAGCCAUGCUCUCUUUCUUCUGGGAGGGCAGACUUUCAUGUGUGACAAGUUGUACCUGGUAGACCAGAAGGCCAAAGAAAUUAUCCCCAAGGCUGACAUCCCCAGCCCCAGGAAGGAGUUCAGCGCCUGCGCCAUUGGCUGUAAGGUGUACAUCACUGGUGGGAGAGGCUCAGAGAAUGGUGUGUCUAAAGAUGUGUGGGUCUACGACACCGUCCACGAAGAAUGGUCCAAAGCAGCUCCCAUGCUCAUCGCCAGGUUUGGCCACGGCUCUGCGGAGCUGAAGCACUGCCUCUAUGUGGUAGGAGGUCACACUGCAGCAACAGGCUGCCUCCCGGCCUCUCCAUCCGUGUCACUCAAACAGGUGGAGCAGUUUGACCCAGUGGCAAACAAGUGGACCAUGGUGGCUCCUUUGAGAGAAGGCGUGAGCAACGCAGCAGUGGUCAGCGUCAAGCUCAAACUGUUUGCCUUUGGAGGAACCAGCGUCACCCACGACAAGCUGCCCAAGGUGCAGUGCUACGAUCCGCAGGAGAAUCGAUGGACUGUGCCCGCAUCCUGCCCGCAACCGUGGCGCUACACAGCUGCUGCCGUGCUGGGAAACCAGAUCUUUGUCAUGGGUGGGGAUACAGAGUUCUCAGCAUGCUCGGCUUACAAGUUCAGCAGCGAGAGCUACCAGUGGACUAAAGUGGGCGAUGUGACAGCCAAGCGGAUGAGCUGCCAGGCUGUAGCAUCUGGAAACAAACUGUAUGUGGUGGGUGGGUACUUUGGCACACAGCGGUGUAAAACUCUGGACUGCUAUGACCCCACGCUGGAUGCUUGGAACAGCAUCACUACUGUGCCAUACUCGCUCAUUCCCACUGCUUUCGUCAGCACCUGGAAACAUCUGCCUGCUUGAGCCCCAAACCCCUCUACACCGUUUUCAUGAGAUUUCCCUGUUUUGCAUCAUCUACUGGACUCCAACUGUGAAGAAGCACACAUUCUCUUCCUCUAAAAGAGACGUUGAACGGUGAUGUACAGACACCCACAUUCAUUUUGAUGUUGCAAAGAUGCCGGAGACACAGAGACACAGAGACACUUUCAGCUGGACAUUUUACCGGAUGUCGUUUCUUGUUUCUGAGAAGGAAGCUGAGACAUACAGUAACUCAACGCAAACAAACCAAACGAACUGCUACUUGCUAUAUGAGGCGCAAACCCCAACCUUGUCUACAUCUAGCAUAUCAGGCUUUCAUGCUGUGUUAUGAGGACUGCAAACAUAUUACACUACUUGCAUUUUUCCCAUUUAGUCGUGGCAGGCUUGCGAGGAUCUGUAUUGAUGUUUUUCUCUGUGAUAAAAAAGAAGAAGAAAAAAUACUCUUUUCAUGGAGACUGCAAUUUAUAGCAUGAUGAAUGUUCUAUUUAGAUUGAGGGAGGGAGAAUGCAAUGAUUGGUGUGCCAAAGAACAGAAAGCCACUCAGUUUGACUGAAUACAGCUGAUUUAUAAAAGGCACAAUGAAGGAGCAAAUCUCCCCCUUCCAUCCUCUAAUAAGCUCUUUUGUUUGACCCCUUAUAUCUUUUUUUUUUUUUUAUUCUUUCAAAGGCGUGCUUCUGACAGCUCAGACACAGAAACAAACCUUUGAGUGUUCCUCUCAUGAAGGCUUUGGCAGUUUGCUGUCACUACAAGCCACGAGGUGUUGAUGAACAACACCAGCUGAGGUUGAGGAGGAUGGAGGAGAUCUGUGAGUGGCCAUGGUGGUGGUGGUGGUGGGAGGGGGGUCGAGGUGCCUCGGGGGUCACGACCCCUACAUGUUUGCUGUUUUGCAGCUACGCAUUAACAUCCGCCGAGCGCCGCUUAACAGACCCACUGUACACAGGGGCAGUAUUCAGUGCUUCAGAAAAGACACUGUCAUAUUCAGCUGUACACUCAAUGCUGUAAAAGACCGGCUGUGCUUCUGUUAUUCCGAUAAAAGCGGUGGCUUGCUUGCUGAGUCAUAGAUAAAGCCUUUUUAGAGCAUGUCCACUCAUAGUGAUUCAGUAAAACUGGCAUGAACUCUUCUCUGUGGUCACAGAAAUCUUGUCACCUUAACCUAAAACUGAGAAUCAAUCAGUUUCUUUUUAAACUUGCUGCAAUGUAGUCUUAAUUUAUAUGACAAUGAUUACUCUGUUAUGUUAAUAUGUUUAAUCCUAUUUAUUUCUUCUCUGCCUGCGUUCAUUUGUGAAUGUAUGUUUGGGUUGUGUCAUGCAUGGCCAGGUGUUGUGUUUUAUUUGAUCUCAGUUGGGCUGCAUUUUGCACAGUUCAGUCUUUCCCACGAGGAGCUGGUUCUUUUAAAAGAGACGGAGGUGCGACUCUCCCAGGGUUUUCAGUUGUGUCAGAGUAUGGAUGGAAGAGGAAGAAUGACUCACAUCACUGAUGACGUAAAGCUGUUUAGGCCACAGGGUCACUGCCCAAAUAAGAAGACAGAAUGGGGUUGGAAGAAAGAAAUAAUAAUUUUACUUCUGAUAGAUUCAGUUUAAGCUCAAACCUGGGUCCAAACCUGCCUUAAACUGUCCCAUCGGGGCCCAAACCUUACCAACAUAAAACCAUAAAACAGAUAAGGCUGUUGGAAAUGUGCAGUAUGUGGCCCAGUAUCUAUCAGGGACGUCACAGAGUAACCCUGACAUGGUUAAGAAUGUGAUGGUCUGUGCAGCUGUCCUCGGGACAGCUGGAGGACUGUCGCAUGUGCUAACUUGGCUUAUUGGGGUGUUAAUCCACAGUCUUCUUCACCGUUAAGUAGAGAGAGAGAGUUGAAUCCAGUAAGCUGUGCAUUGAUAAGGGCAGACACCGCAGUGCUUUUCAUCAUAGUGUUAAUGAUGCACAUAAAUAAAGAAGGAAAAAAAACACUGCAAGUUCUUAAAGAACAAAAAACGAGAAUGUCCUAAACACUUGCUUAUGAAAAUUCUUGGUAACUCUAAUCAGUGUUUUUGUCUGUAUGUCUGUCCAGGUGACCUGAACAUUGGCAUUUUACAAUUGAAUAUUGAUGGACUCAUUGAAUUUCAAUGUAAGAGGUAAUGUUUCAGUGCAAUGUGUGUAUAUAUAUAUAUAUAUUUUAAUUUUUUUCCAAAUGUCUGUCCUCCUGGAUUCAUGAAUCAAAUCAAAUCUUUGUGGAUCAAUUGGUAAACAGCCCUGCAAAUUCCUUCCUCCAGCUCCUUUAGGCCACCCAAAACUUCAUCCUUUCUUUGGACAUUACAGGACUUCUCCGGAGACCCUCGUGGCUCCAUAAUGUUGACCUCCUACAGCCAUUGAACUCAGAGGCUCUGGCCCCACCAAUCAGAUAAGAGCAUUUCUUUCCCAUAGAACACAGGUUUCCCUGGCAACAGCAAGCAAUGAAUGCCCCUUCAAUUUGCUUCUAAUUGCUGAGUGGCAUUUCCCAUUUCUAGUCUUGCCCUCCUCUUACUCUGUGUUUUAUCUGGAAGUCCAGCUGGCUCAGAUUGGAGCACAGUAUCCCACUUUACAUAAUGAUGUAAAUUAGACAGGAAACACUGUCGGUGUGCAUCGGUUUCCUUCUUUCUUCCUCUCUCUCUUUUUUUUUUUUUGUCAUGUAAGAGUUUAAUUUCUAUUUUUAUGGCAUUAUUUUGUACAUGUGAUUUUUUUCACAAUGUGAAAUUCAUGGCUAAUAAACAUAAGAGUUUUUUCCUCUUGA